AGGCGAGUCCUUUUCGAAACCGGGAAGCUUCCUCGUCGGCUGCCAGCGGCUGUGACUGUGUGUUGAUUCGUCGAGUGAAUCACUGGCGAGGAUGGAGAGCCGACUGUGAGCUGUGUAGCGUGUAGACCUGAGGCCAAGGAGUGCCUCGAGGGCGUCAAAGACGGGUCACACAGGUCAGUCACCGCACCAAACAGACAGCAGCGGCGGCGAAAGGCGAAGGACACGCAAGCAAUUCAGUCUGGUGUGCAGAUGAAGUCGUUGUCUGGCUCGUCUGGGAGGCGCCGGGCGGCGGCUGCCUCUUCUCGGUCGCCAGUGGAUGACAUGCCUUCGUCAAGCCAGGUAAAUGGCAACGAUGAACUUGACUCGACGUAACAUGCAUGUGGUCUCCUGUGUGCGUGUGCUUGAUCCACUCAGAGUCAGCAGAAGCCCUCCUACGAACGGCAGCUAGACGCCCUACUCAGUCCGCAAGGCUUCUCGCUCGGCGAGAUGUACGACGGGGAUGGGCGGGAGUGCGACGGCCCCGCCAACCGACAGCUGGCUUCUAUGAUUUUGUGCCGCACCCCUGACGCAGACUCGCAAGUCUCAGCACUCUGCAGUCAUGAGAGAGGGGCUGACCCGUCUGCUGCCAUCAGUAUUGCCCUGAACGAACGGCUGGCGGCACCCAUCAGCCUCCUGUCGAUGGCCAUCGACGACGAGACGGACAGCUCAAGUCCUAUGUGGCUGUUUACUGCCGACAAGGGGCUGCAUGAUGACAGGCGGCUCGACCUCCCUCUGUGGCCAUCUCGCGAGGUGCAGCGGGCGGUGCUCGAGGCGCUGAUCGAGGCUGGGGCUGAUGUGAACGGCGGGGACCCGAGACCCCUCGCCGUGGCACGCUGGUGCGCCAAUCUGACCGCUGUGGAGGUGCUGCUCAAGCGUGGGGCGGCUGUGCGAGGCCUGCAGCUGGGCCACCUCCCGAAUCCAUGUCUCCUUCCCCCGUCCCCCGGCCCCCAGUAUUACAGCGCCCUUCUCGACGUCUACCGCCGGCUGUUCGACCACGACCGGACACUGGCAACCGAGCAGCUCGAGGACAGCGGGGCCACCCCCAUGUACAUAGCAGGUUCAGCAGGGUCGCCCUCACUGCCGACAGACGUCAUGUGCUCGUACCUCGACCUGCUGGCGGAGCACGGCGCCUCCCUCACUGCCAGAAAUGGGAAGGGCUUCACGCCCCUCGAUCGCGCCGUCCUUAUGGGUGCGCCUUGUGUGGUCGAGUGGAUGUGUGAGCGGCUCGGGGCGGAGGAGAUCAACAGGAAGAAUGGGAAGGGUUUCCUGCCACUAGAGCUCGCGGGCUAUGAUCUGUCGAAGGAGAAGCGCCCGGCUGACUACAUCGACAAACGCAAGCAGGUGGUCUGCGUGCUGCUUCAGCAUGGCGCGUCCCCCGACAGCAUGCGCACUGACAACCCCAUGCAGCGGCGAGCAUACAGCUUGGUGUCGGACAUAGACCGAGAGAUGCGCCAGCGGCCCCCUCCCCCAUCCCCCUCGCCCCGCUGCCCUCCCCCCAUCGUCGAGUUCUCGUACCCCCCCCGCCUCACGGCAGCAGCAGCAGCUCUCGGCAGAAGUCAAGCAGGUGGCAAAACCAGCCAAGACCAUGGCCAAUAA